AUGAUGGAGCGGGUUGCACAAGAUCUGGACAAAUUUGGCGACCGAGUGGUCAAGGAGAUUACGGCUAAGGGAGCGCAAUGCGAGAUUGACAAGCCUCGCCUCGAGCAGCACGAUGCAUGGGGAAAGCGAGUGGAUAGCCUUUGGGUUUGCCCGGAAUGGCGUCAAUUAAAGGGUGUUUGCGCUGAGGAGGGAAUUAUUGCAAUUGGCUACGACGAUACAACGGAUCCGGUGGCUCGGCGAAUGCAUCAGGUUGCAAAAUUAUUUCUCUUCUCGCCAUCAGCUGGGCUUGUUACUUGCCCGAUGGCUAUGACUGAUGGGGCCGCGAAAACUAUUGAUGCCUUGGGACUCCGCGGAAAGAACGAUCUGGCCACCGAAACCUAUAAUCGCCUAACCUCUCGAGAUCCCCAGAAAGCUUGGACCAGUGGUCAAUGGAUGACGGAAAAGCGAGGCGGAUCAGACGUUGGAGGUGGAUGCGAUACUUAUGCGGUUCAUGUGAAAGGGGAUGAGUACCGGCUUCACGGAUACAAAUGGUUCAGCUCGGCGAUUGACGCCGAUGUGGCGUUGACGCUGGCCCGCGUGGUUGAUGAUAAGGGAGAUGCUCAAGCGGGCUCCAAAGGAUUGUCUCUCUUCCUGCUCAAAAUUCGCAAGGAUGAUUCGCAGGAGCUGAACGGGAUUCAGAUGAUUAAACUCAAGAAUAAACUCGACAGCUACCGACAGCCGAAUUACUGCUCGAUGGCGUCUGGAAUCCCCCACAUUUCCAACAUGCUGAACAUCACCCGAAUUCACAACGCCGUGGCGAGUGUGGCCGGGAUGAGGAGAAUCUUAUCGCUAGCCCGUGAUUAUUCGACUCGCCGUCUCGUUUUCGGGCAGCCUCAGGAGAAAUGGCCGCUCCAUCUUGCUACCCUCGCCAAAUUGGAGGUUGAAGCCCGCGGUUGCUUCCUAAUGCUGAUGGAUGCUGCUCGAUUGCUGGGUGUUCAGGAAUCCGGCAAAGCCACGCUGAACGAGCUGGUCAUGUUGCGCUUGAUUACGCCGGUGUUGAAGCUGUACACUGCCAAGCAGUGUGUCCCGCUGAUCAGCGAGGGCAUUGAGUGCUUCGGUGGGCAAGGUUAUAUCGAGGACACUGGCUUGCCGACCUUGUUGAGGGACGCCCAGGUGACCCCAAUCUGGGAAGGCACCACCAACGUUCUUUCGCUUGAUGUUCUACGCGUCUUCUCGGGCAAAGAAAACGUCUUCCAGGCCUUGAAUGAGUAUAUCAAGGCGAUAUUGCCAAAAGACGUGAAGCCCGAGCUGAAAUCAAGCGUUGAUGCCGUCAAGAAGGGAAUGGUUCAAUUUGGGCAGAUUUUGGCAAAGGUCAACGAUUCCUCGCUGAACAGCCAGAUGCGAGUCGACGUGUGCGCACGGGAUAUCGCGUUUGCGAUUGGGAAAAUAUUAUCAGGCUCUCUUCUGAUCCGCCACGCUAGCGAUGCUGAUAGUACGACUGCAGAUAUCGAAGUGGCCAAGAGAUGGUGCCUGGAGCAAGAACUCGUGCGACUCGAUCUCGAAUGGUUCACCAAGCAGCGUAUCGCCAACGAUCGUGCCAUCGUUUUUGAGAACUAUGCGGGCAGCGCUCGGCAAAGCAAGCUG